GGGGCGCGCAGUCCAGGCACCGCGCGCCAUCGCCGCCCCGCCUGCGGCACAUGGCGCGUUGCGGCGGCGGCUCCGCGCCGAAGGGCCCCGGCCCGGGGUCGGCGGAGCGGCAGCGGCUGCGGGAGGCGCUGUCCGAGGAGCUGCGGCGGGACGUCGGCAGGCUGCUGGCGGAGGGGACGCGCUCCGACGUGACGCUGCGGGCGGGCGGCGCGGCGCUGCGGGGGCACCGGGCCGUGCUGCUGGCCAGGGCGCCGCGGCUCUUCGCCCCGCUGAGCAGCCCCCGGGAGGCGCUGCGGCUGCGCGGCGUGGGACCGGCCGAGCUCCGACGCUUCCUGCGGCUUGUAUAUUCAUCCGAUAAAAAUCUUCAAGAAUCAGAGGAACUGGCUAUGAUGAAAAAAGUACUAGAACCCAAAUUAAUACAGGAAAACAACAUUGCUCUUCAGAACACUCAAACAGAUGCAAAUUGUCUUGGAGAUGAUGAAAGCACAGCAGCUGAACAGAACGCUCCAAGUGGAGCUGUGCAGGAAGAAGUUGCUUAUGUAUCUUGUAUUGAAGAGGAAAUUUCAGAAGUAGCCGUUGAUGCAGAAAGCAACAAAGCCAUGGCAGGUGAUUCCAAGCUAGAAGCCGCGUCUGUAUUAGGAGAAGACUUAAUGAAGCUCUACAAGAAGCGUUGUUGUCCAGAUAUUAAUAUUUGCGUAGAAGGCCACAACUUUCAAGCUCACAGGGCCAUUUUAUGUGCCAGAUCUAGUUACUUUGCUGCUAUGCUGAGUGGAAGUUGGGCUGAAAGCUCCCAAGAGCACAUCACUCUUCAAGGCAUAAGCCAUAUAGAAAUGAGUGUCAUCUUGCAUUUUAUAUACGGAGCUAUUCUGGACUUCCCAGAUGAAGUUGAUGUUGGUCGCAUGUUGGGCAUUGCAGAUAUGUAUGGGCUAGAUGGGUUGAAAGAAGUAGCUAUCUACAUUUUGAAGAGAGAUUACUGCAAUUUUUUCCAAAAGCCUAUUCCUGGAAAACAGCAACCUGUACUAGAAUGCAUGGCUAUUGCUCAUUCACUGGGAGUGGAAAGCCUAUAUGCUGCCUGCAUGAAAUGGGUGGGAAAACAUUUUGCAAAAUGCUUGUCAGAGAGAAGCUUUGCCAGUUUACCUCCUGAACUUCAGAACAACUGUCUUGUUAUGUUGAUUAAGUCUUUGAACCACAAGAAUGCUUCUUUCUUUUUGAUGGAAAGUGACCGGCUAAUCAACAGUCUUCCCCAAGUGAAGUGGACUGAGGCAGCUGUGGCGGUGGCAUCUAGGCUACAAGAAAAAUGCAUAACGUUUAUUGUGGCAAACUUCCUACAUGUAGUACAAAGUGAAGCCUUCUAUACUUUGUUGCAGGCUCAGGCAAUGAGCAGCAAACCUGACCUUCUCGAACUAAUCUUUAAUGCAAUUGAAAAAAGUAUUAAUAACGAAAAUAGCUGCUUUCUUCUUGUAGCUGUGGAUACAUUGCUGGACUCUGCAAAUGUGAAGGAGAUGGGUUUUACGUGCAAGAUCCAGGCUCUGCGUGAUAAGCUCUGGGUCUUCCUGGUUCAGUCUUUUUAUGCUGUUCGUCACACAGAAAGCUGGAAGCUGAUGAGACCAGACCAUCAACAGAAAAUACAAGCAGCUGCAUUUGACAAGGGUGAUGACAGAAGACUUGGCAAAAAACCUGUAUUCACUAGUUCUCAGCUAAAUAAACCCGGUACUGAAUCUGUUGGUAUAAGGAAUACUUCUUGGACAGAACACGGCAAGAAAGAUUGUGGAAGAGAUUCUUCCACUAAUCAGGAUAAAAUGAAAUCUGAUGGAUUAGGAGCAUCUGGACAUGCAUCAAGCACCAACAGAAACACUGCCAAUAAGACUUCAAAGCAUGAGGAUACAAAGGGAAAAGAUAGCAAAAAAGCCGUUUCCAAAAUUACUAAAGAUUCAAAACCUGGAGAAAAAACUGCUUCGCCAAAGGCUAGAGCUGUCAUCAAAACAAAAAUAGAAAAUAACGGAAAUACAAAGGCUGAAAGCAUGCCUACCAGGCAAGAUACUGAAAAGACAUCUGCAAGCGGACAAAAAAAUUCAGGCAGUGGCAAAGGAUUAAAGAACCAUGAAGGAAAAAUUGCAGGUGCCAGGCCUAAAGUACUGACUGUAACCACAAGUGUGCAAAUCAAAACAAAACCAUUGAAAAAAAACACAGGGAAGGAAUCUCCAUCCAUUGUGACUGUGGCAGGAGCAUCCAGCAAGUUAACGAACUCGAGCACGGAUAUACAGACUGCUAGCGAACAGGCAGAAGAACCCAAAGAGGAUAAAUUGGUAGAGGAAGGAAAAAAACGUACUGCAGUAAUAACAAAGUCUUCUUUGAAGACAUCAAAUGGAGUCACCAACAAAAAAAAAAAGACUGAGCUUGAGGCUAAUGCUGCAACAAGCAGUCUAACAAAAAAGUCAGCUGGAAAAGGGUGCAAUGAACAAAAUGCACAAGCUGUCCUAAAGAAAAAAGGGAAUGUGAGUAGCAACUCUACUACACAGCAAAAGGCUCAGAACACACCUACCAAUUCCCCCAAAAAUCAAGGACCUAUGGUGGAAUCACCAAACUCACUGAAAUCAGGAAUGUCUCCAAAACAUAAUGAAGAAAAAAAUGUGGUACAGCACCUGGUUCAGACAGCACUCCCAGAAAAACUUCCUUCAGCCAAGAAGAAGAGUGUUAAACAGUCUCAAACACCUGUAACAAAAGCUGCUGCAAAAACACUAACACCCAAAACUCAGACUCCAUCAAAGCAUGGUGAGAUUAUGAAUAAUAAAGACCCGAAACUGAAAACAGCUGGUCAAUCUGUAUUAAAAUCUCAGUCCUCUGCCCCAAAACAUUCAAGGAGUGAAUCUCCUGUUGUCCAGAAGAAUAUGCACACCUCAGAACACAGAAGUCCUGGACAGAAUCUUGAAAAAAAUAUGGCUGAUGCUGUGGCAGUUCAGCUUCAUGAAAAUAAUGAAUGCGGUUCUGCAAGGCAAAGUGAAUGUCUAAAAUCUAUGAUGGAAGGUAGCAGAGAAGAUCAAUCCUGCCUACCUGAUAAACAAAAAUUAUUGGAUCCUCCUGAAAAUGAGGAAUACAAAUCACAGUCUAAAUCUUUGCCUCUGAUUAUAGAAGAAACUCUUUCUAAAUUGCAUGUUUCACUGCAAAAUGAAAUGGAAGCAAGAAAAAUCUGUGGAGAUCAGGCUGCAAUUCAACAAAAUAAAGACAGAAAGACAGAUGAUAAUACUGCUGAAUUUCACUGUCAAGUGCAGUCUACCAGUGAUGGGUACUCAGACUUUUCCAAGGAAACCAAUCAAAAGGCUACUGCUUCAGGAGAACUUGUAGAACAUUCAAAAGCAACAACAGUCUGCAUCAAACAAAGUGAUAAAUUAAGCAGUGAUACGGGUCUUAACCAUGGUGAAAAUACUUUACCAAGCUUUUCCGAAAGGAUAACCAAUAAAGAUGUAACAUCAUCUCCUCAUAUUCAUAUGGAGGGAUUUCUUUCAGCUGAUAAGUUGUGUGAUACAUCAGCCCUGACUGAAUACAAAUCAGUUACAGUAGCUUUAGAUGAUGUUUCCAAAUGUUCCACAGAAGGAGUAAGGGACAAAUGUGCACAUCAUUACACAGAAGGUAUUGAUUCCAUGGAAAUGCCAGAAAACCAAGAAAAUGCAGAAAUUCCCUUUGUGGACCACUGGAGUACUGGUGCACUAGAUCCAAAAGAGAGUCCCGAAUCAGAUACUGGCAGUGCCACCACAUCCUCUGAUGAUAUAAAACCAAGAUCAGAAGAUUAUGAUGCUGGAGGCUCUCAGGAUGAUGAAGGAUCCAAUGAAAGAGGGAUUUCUAAAUGCAGCACUAUGUUAUGCCAUGAUUUUCUUGGAAGAAGCAGCAGUGACACUAGCACACCUGAAGAAUUAAAAAUUUAUGACAGCAGCCUAAGAAUAGAAGUAAAAAUGAAAAAAGAAGGUUCUGAUCUCUUCCGUGUUAAUUCAACAAGUGAUGAUGAAAUACCAAGAAAAAAAAAAGAAAUUUGGUCCCAGCAGGGAAGUGCAAGGACCAAUACUAAAGAAACUGAAAAUUCUGCUUUUGGCAAUGCACAGUUUACUCAGGAAGCAGACCAAGUUUCUUCUUCUGCUGAUGAAACAGAAGAUGACAGAUCUGAAGCAGAAAAUGCUGCAGAAAAUAUUCCUCCAUCAAAUGUUCCCACUCAACAGUUCCAAGGAAUUGAUAAUUUAGCUUUUGAAGAUGCAACAGAAAACGAUAGUGCAAGACAAGAGUUUUCUAAAACUAAAAAUUUCAAACGAUCUGUUUUGCUUUCAGUAGAUGAAUGUGAAGAAUUGGGAUCUGAUGAUAGAGCAGAAACUCAUCCUUCACAUCAGCAUUCAAUAGAUUCUCUUACUCCUUCAGAUGUAUUUGACAGUGUUUCUCAAGAGCACCAUGGAAAGACUUUUUAUUCAAGAUACUCAUUGGAAAUUGAAGAUGGAUUCCAGGAUUGCAAACAGGCUAAGGAUAGAGACAACAGACUGGAAAAAAGUGAAGGUUGUCUCCUACCUCUUCAUGGCCCUGAAAUGCCAGGGAAGGAGAAUCAAGGUACGUCAGUGACUGAACCAAAUUGCCCAGAGAAAGUAUAUUCAGAGGCUAGUCUAUGUCCAGGAGAAUUUCAAAAAGUAAAUAUAAAGAAUGAGGUGGCUAUUGAGUUUCAGCAGUGCAAUAAAUACUUAGACAAUGAUGCAAAAUCUCAAGAAAGACCAUGUCAUUUGGAUCUUCAUCAAAGAGAAACAAAUGCUGAUAUGCAAAAGAGCAACUCUGCAAAACCUGUAGAAGCCAGUAAGAAUCACGUACUGACUCAGGAAGGUCAAGUGAGAGACAGUCAACCAUCACCUACUGAAUUCGCUAAUACUGAUUUACUUCCAGGAGACAUAGAUGAUUAUGACACAAUGGCACAAACCUGCAUGUUUGAGCACCGGCCUUCAAAAACCCUUUCUCCAAUAUAUGAGAUGGAUGUUGGAGAAGCAAUUGAGCAGAGGAUGGAUUCAGAAACAGCAGUUCUAGAUGUGGAUCUUGAAGAUCAGCAGUUUGCAGAACAGGAUUGGACUCUUCUCAGGCAACUGUUAUCUGAGCAGGACUCAAAUAUAGGUUUCAAAAACUCCGUUCCUGAAGACCUUAACUUAGCACAAUGUCUAAUCAAUCAGACACUGUUUCUGGCACGAGAUGGUUCAAAUCCUCAGGGUACAUCACAAGUUGACACAUUCAGUAGGUGGACUGAACUUAUGUCUCCACUUGAUGAUUCUUCAGCAAGCAUUACAGUGGCAAGCUUUUCAUCUGAAGACUGUUCUUCCCCUCAAGGGGAAUGGACAAUUCUUGAACUGGAAACUCAUCAUUAAGGUGAUCAAAUGUUUGCAAGUCCAAUCCAUUCCCCAAAUCUAUUUUUGAUGCAUUGUUUCCAUACAAUAAUGAAAUACUGCAUCAGUCAAGAACAAGCAAUUCUUGGUACUGAGGCAAUCUUUCUGAUAUAAUGAGGUAAAUAUGUUAAUUUAUAAUCUAGAUUUAAUUGCAAGUACAAUAAUUUUUCAAGACUUAAACGUAUGUCUUUUCUAAAAUGAAUUUUGAGCAUGUAUUUUCUAGAAUUGUUAGAAAAAUUAGAUUGACCUGAAAGGAAAUCUUGGUUUCCUCUCUCAUUUUAUCUUCCUUUUUGCCAUUUAAUAGUCUCCUUGAGCAAGAAUUUAAAGAUGACUGCACAAUUAGUAGUUAUUCCCUCCUUUUUUUUCCUCUCUCUUUCUCUAUAUGGUGACUCAAUUUCACAACAAUAAAGAUUCAGAAUGGUUGUGUCAAAAGGUCAUGUCUGCCAAUUCUGCUUUAAAUAACAGAAAUUUGUGUUCACAGGAAAGGUUCCAAUAUGAAUCCUUUUUGGGCUUUAUUAAUAUGAGCAGAUUGUUUCAUCUGUUUCAUCCAUGUUUGUUUUUUUUUGUAUUUUUUUUGUUCACAAGUUUUCAAUAAAUUUUUUAAUGGUCUUUCCUUUAAAUAUAAGUCUUAAGAGGCUCUGUGCUCUAGGAAGGGCAUUGUUUCUUGAAAAUGCACGUAUUUAAGUAAAUAUUUUUAAUGGCAUAGUACGUUAAUUCAGAAGAGUCAGGAGAAUGCUCCUCCUAUUUGAAAAGAGUAUGUCUGAUAGUUCUAAAAGUAUAUCUCAGUCUGAAGUCCUGGUAUAAAUAAUCUAGUCACUCAUAUCAGAAGUCUGACUUUGUCUAGAACUAGCUUUGGGUUUCACUUCCUUACAGUUGCACCCUUCUGACACUGCCUGAGACAUAGCUAGAUUCUCAGAGAUUUGGUUUUGGUUAUUCUCAUAGAUACUACAUUUUUGGAGGGGGAACAAGAUUCUUGUAUCUCUCUAGUGUAGCUUCUAUCCAAAGACUAAAUGUCAACAUAAUCAUUUUUCUGUGAGCAGAAUGAGAUAGGACAUCCUUCUCAGUACUGCUCAUUCUGUUGCUUCUAGAUAUGAAUUUGGGCAUAGAGGGACUGUUUGUCUCUUCUGAUUUGACAGGGGAAGACGGAAGUGAGAAAUUAUUCGUUGUUCCUACAAAGACAGAAUUCUUCCUGAAACACAGAGGGUUUUUUUCCCUGCAGGGGUUAACCCCUCUAAAAUACCUGCAGUAAGGAAAUGAUAGGGCUUGUCAUUCACACAGUUCAAAAUCUAAAGACGUAUUUUAGUAUUCUAUCUCCUCUUAGUCAUUAACAGGAGAAGCACCAUAUGGCAGUAAAAGGCUAACUUUUUUUUUUAUUAUUAUCUAUAAAGCACAACUUUAGCUGGCUUUACCCACUGAUAAUACAGUCAGUUUUUGCAGACUUUUGCAGAACUCUGACAGGGCACCUUAAUUUUCUGUAGGAACUUCAUUUAUUUUUAUCAAUAGUCAGAAACUCUCAGUUGUGUUGAAAUAUGAAGUUGCCCCAACACAUGACUAAAGUCAUAACUUGUCUUUGGAUUUGACACAAUAAAGGGCUCUAAGGCAAAACAUUUACUCAAGAAAGACACUUUUUUGAACUUCGAUACAGAAGUAAAAGUGACAUUUUACUUUCCCCAAAGUAAACUGAGGAGGAAUUGUAUUCCUUUCUUUAAUAUCAAGAAAGGGGGGAAAAAAAUAAAACCCUCCUUUCCCUUCAUGUCAAUGAAGGACUCAAAACCCAUGCAAGAAUGAUAUUCAAUCUCAUAGUAACUUUUCCUGUGGUCUUCCUAGCUUUUAUCAGUGUUAAUAUUCUGUGAUAUUAAAAUUCAUAGUAUUUUAAAUAUAUGUUGUAUAUAGCUAAGCCUUUAUUAUGGGAAGAGUAAGGAGAAGCUUUAGAGGUCCAGGUCAUCAAGAAACUUAGCUUUCACCUUCAAGGUCACAAGCAAGGACAUUAACAUCUGAAUCAA